UCGAACCGAACGGUUCCGCUUCUUCUUCUCGCCCGUCUUUUUUGCGUUAUUCGUUGUGAUUUGUUGUUCGCGUACUACGCUCACAAACGGCAUGUAAACAACGCCGCGGGUCGAGACGAAACCCAUUCUAAAAUUUAAUCAAUCGUGUUACAAAUUACGCAUACUUCACCCACAAAUUGUUACGAAUCGAGGCGCCAAAAUUAAGUCGCGCCAAAUUCUCGUUAAAAAAAAAGAAAAAGGGGACAGCACAAGUGCAAAUUCACACAUACGGCCACGAGUCACUGUGUGUGUGUAUAUUUUUGGCGUGCGCGGCCAUUUUUUUCCUUAGCACUCAAGUCUCAAUUUGCAUGUGUGUGUGAGCUAAGUGUACUCGAAAUUCGUCGUAAGUGGAGAAGAAACCGUAAAAAGCGCAAAUAGACAAAAAAAAUCCAAAUAAUAGAAAUGAAUUAAAUCUGUCCAGUUACAAAUGUGCGUAAAUUGCUGAAUGUAAACAAACGUAUUCAUUUAUAGUACACACGCAAAAGUGAAAACAGAAAGCUAUACAAAAAAAAGUUUCACAGGAAGAAGAGGAGCACAGGAGGUGAAACAACGAUCCCCCCUCCUACUCACUCCCCGUCACGACACUAAUAGGUCACGCAGAACACGUGCUUUUGCCUUUACGACCAAAAUAUCAACAAAAGUCGCGCACAAAACCCAGAGAAUAUCAAAAGAACAACAAUAAUAGCAAGCGCCAGCGCUCCAAUUGCACAAAAACGAACACGACAAAAAACCCCAAAAGAUUGUGUAAGCCAAGCACAAACUUGCGGGGCCAAGUGUCAAUUUCAUUUUGGCCACGAUCGUUGCACGAUUCGGUCCCGCUGUGUCCCCUAGAGGAAAAAAAAGAGUUGUUGAACUGACCGAGAGCAGCAUUGCAGCUGGUGCAAGGCCCCAAUCUGGACGCACGAACCAUUGCCUAUCGACCGCUAAACCUUGGCGGGCAGCCGCUUAUGGCCGAGCUGCCAACCACGCCAAACGGCGCUGCAGCCAUUGGCGCUGGUGGCGACUAUCUGCAUCGGUCGAUCGAUCAACUGCGCACCCUCAGCCAUCUGACGCAGGCGGAUUUGCGCACCGCCCAGCUGGUCCAUGACUACAAGCCCUUCAACAUCAGUGAGUUUCGCCAGAACGUUGAGCGUUUGGACUAUUCGCUGAAGAAUGGCCUUGUGCAGCAUCAGCAAAUACUUGUGGAGCAACAGCAGCAGCAGCAACAACAACAUCAGCAGUCGCUGCAACACGAACAGGAGCAGCAGCAACAACAGCAGCAACAACAGCAACUGCAUCAUCAGCCGCAGCUCAAGGUGAGCUAUAGCGCACCAAGUUCGCCACCAACGCCCACACAGCUUAGCGAACAGCAAGAACAAAAGUAUGAUGCAAGUCGCUCGCCAUCGCGUCAACAGGUCAGUAAUGGCAGCAACGGCUCCUCGCCGGAGGAUCAGCGUCAGGGUGGCGAGCAAACGAAGCCCUACAAAUGCAACUCGUGCAGCAAAUCGUUUGCCAACUCAUCGUAUCUGUCGCAGCACACACGCAUCCAUCUGGGCAUCAAGCCGUAUCGCUGCGAGAUCUGCCAGCGCAAAUUCACACAGUUGUCGCAUCUGCAGCAACACAUUCGCACCCACACCGGGGAUAAGCCGUACAAAUGCCGGCAUGCCGGCUGUCCCAAGGCAUUCUCGCAGUUGUCCAAUCUGCAGUCGCAUUCGCGAUGCCAUCAAACCGAUAAGCCAUUCAAAUGCAACUCCUGCUACAAGUGCUUCGUCGAUGAGGUGACGCUGCUCGAGCACAUACCCAAGCACAAGGAUUCGAAGCACCUGAAGACGCACAUUUGCCAGCUGUGCGGCAAAUCCUACACGCAGGAAACGUAUCUGCAGAAGCAUCUGCAAAAGCAUGCCGACAAGGCGGAGAAACAGCAGCAGCGUCACACGGCGCCGGUGACGAAUCUGCAGCAACAUGUGCCCGCCGGCGGCAUUGGUUUGAAUCUGCAGCGUCAGGCCAUGAACGAUGCGAAUGCGGCGUAUUGGGCCAAGAUGGGAGCGGAUAGUGCGGCUGCCACGCUGGCCGAGGCUAUACAACAGCAGCUGCCGCAGGCAAAUGGCAGCAGCUAUGCAAACUUUGCAACACUCCAGCAACAUCAGCAGCAGCAACAACAGGAACUGCUGCAGCAGCAUCAUCAGCGUCUGGCUAAUGGCGGUGGCGAUACGCCGGGCCAUUCGCAAAGUCCGCACGAAGAUGCUGGCGAGGAUCUGGUGUUGCGUCAGAGCACGCCGCAGCAUCACCUGCAACAGCAGCAGCAACAACAACAGCAGCAGCAACAACAGCACCAGCAACAGCAGCACUCCCAUUCGCCAGGUCCCGGCUCGUCGGCGUUUACGCCGCUCAGCGCCACUGUGGUGCCACCGCCAUCGCAUCUGCAACAGCAUCGUGCACCGCCAGCAGCCACAGCUGCGUAUCUGUAUCAGCAGAAUGCUGCCGCCGCCGCUGCUGCCUUUCCCACGCAGCUGAUCUCGCUUCAUCAGAUACGCAACUAUGCCCAUCAGCCUGGCGCUGGCCUAAUACCCAGCGAUCAUCUCGCGCUCGGCCUCAGCGCCGUGGCCAAGGAGAAGGCUCAAUAGUAUCGGGGGAUUGGCCCGAAGAGGGCAGCCAAAGGAUCAACAGCAGCUACGAUGACAACAAUUAGUCUAAGUUAGCGGUAAGCUAAGUUUAAAUAGAGGCUGAAAUGGUCAACUCUCGAGGCUUGGUUUCAACACCCCAACGAUGAUGUGACACUUGAGACGCAUUCAACUUUAGUGCUACAUCGUUUCCACACUGCCGAUGAAAUGAAACCAAACACUGAGAGUUGUAUCACAACCACGCACAGCCUCCGGUUUGGAGGAUGUCACUUUUUCCAGACAAAACUCAGGUUUUUAAUUAGCUUUUCAUACAAUUUCCUAAUUCGUAAGCAAUAUUUACAACAACAACAAAAAAAAAGGCAACCACUUCCCCGCUAAAACUCUGCACAACUCGAAAAAUCGAAAUUCGAGUUGUUUACGGUUUUUGUCGGUUAGAUUUACGGACUGUACAACUACCUAUAAUAUAUAGUUAUAUGAUAUAGGUGCCGUACAAAGUACUGCGAUAGUUCUGUACAUAGGAUUACAAUCUUGAAAUUAUUAUUAUUAUUAAGCUAAUUAAAUAUUAAUUAUAGCAUGCCGUAAAAGUCAACGUAUCAACAUAGUUAAUACAAUCAACACAGUUUGUAUCUAAACUUAUGGAACUAUCAUUAAGCUAUGAAGCUUAUUUUAUAUUUAUGCAAAUAUGUAAAAAGUGAAAGUAAAAUUAUAAUAAUAAAAA